CGAGGCGGCGCGGGGGACCCCAGGGACAUGAUGAAGCUGAACGAUGAGGAGGGGGCAGCGAUGGCACCCGGGCACCAGCCCACGAAUGGAUACCUCCUGGUGCCGGGAGGCGAGCCCCCCGGAAAGGUGAGCGCCGAGCUGCAGAACGGGCCCAAAGCCGGCUGCCUGACCCUGAAUGGAGUGUCUCGGGACAGCCUCGCUGCCGCGGCGGAAGCCCUAUGCAGGCCGCAGACUCCGUUGGCUCCAGAGGAGGAGACCCAGACUCGGCUGCUGCCCACGGGCCCCGGGGAAGACACCCCGGGGACCGAGGGCUCCCCGGCGCCCCAGACCGCGCUGUCUGCGCGGCGGUUUGUGGUGCUCCUGAUCUUCAGCCUGUACUCGCUGGUGAACGCCUUUCAGUGGAUCCAGUACAGUGUCAUCAGCAACGUCUUCGAGGGCUUCUACGGCGUCUCCUCCCUGCACAUUGACUGGCUGUCCAUGGUGUACAUGCUGGCCUACGUGCCCCUCAUCUUCCCGGCCACGUGGCUGCUGGACACCAGAGGCCUACGGCUCACCGCCUUGCUGGGCUCAGGCCUCAACUGCCUGGGCGCCUGGGUCAAGUGCGCCAGCGUGCAGCAGCAUCUCUUCUGGGUCACCAUGCUGGGCCAGUGCCUCUGCUCCGUGGCCCAGGUGUUCAUUCUCGGCUUGCCCUCCCGCAUCGCCUCAGUGUGGUUUGGGCCCAAGGAGGUAUCCACGGCUUGUGCCACCGCCGUGCUAGGCAAUCAGCUUGGAGCUGCCAUUGGCUUUUUGCUGCCACCAGUGUUAGUGCCCAACACGCAGAAUAACACAGAUCUUCUGGCCUGUAAUAUCAGCACCAUGUUUUAUGGAACAUCAUCUGUUGCCACGUUUUUAUGUUUUUUAACAAUAAUUGCAUUCAAAGAAAAACCUCAGUAUCCACCAAGUCAGGCUCAAGCAGCUCUUCAAAACAGCCCCCCGGCUGAGUACUCCUAUAAGAAAUCAAUAAGGAACCUAUUUAGAAACGUUCCCUUUGUCCUUCUAUUGAUCACUUAUGGUAUCAUAACUGGAGCAUUUUAUUCAGUCUCAACAUUAUUGAAUCAAAUGAUAUUGACAUAUUACAAGGGAGAAGAAGUGAAUGCUGGAAAGAUUGGGCUAACAUUGGUAGUGGCUGGAAUGGUGGGCUCUAUUCUUUGUGGCUUUUGGCUUGAUUAUACCAAAAUAUACAAACAGACUACUCUGAUAGUUUACAUCUUAUCUUUUCUUGGAAUGGUUAUAUUUACUUUCACAUUGGACCUUGGAUACAGUAUCGUUGUGUUUGUUACUGGAGGGGUGCUUGGUUUCUUCAUGACUGGUUACCUCCCAUUGGGUUUUGAAUUUGCUGUUGAAAUCACUUACCCUGAAUCUGAAGGCACCUCAUCUGGUCUUCUUAAUGCUGCCGCACAGAUAUUUGGAAUUCUGUUCACAUUGGCUCAAGGAAAACUCACAACAGACUAUAGUCCUAAAGCAGGAAACAUUUUCCUCUGUGUUUGGAUGUUUCUAGGCAUCAUUUUAACAGCAUUAAUCAAGUCUGAUCUCAGAAGACACAAUAUAAACAUAGGAAUUGCAAAUGGUGAUAUUAAAGCUGUACCAGUUGAAGAUACAGUUGAAGAUAGUCCCACAGAUCAAGAAUCAAAAACUAUUGUGAUGUCCAAGCAGUCAGAAUCGGCAAUUUGAGGUGAAAAAAAAGUUAACAUCAUGCGAUACUUGAGCAGUAAGGCUUGGUUUAAACGUUAUGGGAUACGGAUACUUCCUUGAAAAUUAUUACGUGACCCAUAAUUAUUAUCUUGCUUAAUUGUAACCUUAAGCAAUAUUUUGCUUAGCAGACUUUGGCCCAUCUCAUAUUAACACUACCAUUUAUCAACUGAGCCUUCCAUUCAUAGUCCUCUCUUGUCAACUUGAAAGUAAGCUUCUUGAUGUGUAUUUUCCAAAAGUGGUUUUGUUGUGUUUUGUUUUGUUUUGUUUCUUUGUAGAAAAUGGAAGGUUGGAAGGCUUUCUGAAAUGAUAAUGUGGAGGCCUAAUCCCCGUAAAUCACAUAGGACUUCAUGCAAUUUAGAACCAAGUGACCUGGGGCGCCUGGGUGGCGCAGUCGGUUAAGCGUCCGACUUCAGCCAGGUCACGAUCUCGCGGUCCGGGAGUUCGAGCCCCGCGUCGGGCUCUGGGCUGAUGGCUCAGAGCCUGGAGCCUGUUUCCGAUUCUGUGUCUCCCUCUCUCUCUGCCCCUCCCCCGUUCAUGCUCUGUCUCUCUCUGUCCCAAAAAUAAAUAAACGUUGGAAAAAAAAAAAAAAAAAAAAGAACCAAGUGACCAAUAUAUUCCUAAUUGGCUCCUUUCCAUUGUUCUGAUCUACUGUCCAGUGACCCUCAGGAGUACAUUACACCAACACGACACUCCUGGCCCAUCAAAGGACACCACUGGGAUGACACCUGCACGGAACCUCUAAGAUUUUUCCCAUUUCUUAUAUUCUUGUUAAGCAGUGCUUUGUAACGUGUACUGUCAGUGGCCAUCAAAACUAUCGUGGGAACAGGUUGAACCCAUGACUUUGGUCUUAGACUUGAAUUCUAAUGAAGCUAAGGGGCCCAGACAGACUCAUUAUCUUGAGUUCUCUGCACUGCCUUCCUACCAUGGUAUAAAUGCUGAUACUGUUUUCUCACUUCAACUUGACAGUAAUUUUGUACCCACUGCCUUGUUUACUCUUUUUUCAACAUGGGCAAGAUUGGAGAUAUUGUCACUUCAGCUCCAUACCACUCAGAGUAAAGCAAAUAUCACAAUAAAGUGACUCAAAUGAAUUCUUUGGUUUCCCAAUGCACAUAAAAGUCAUGUUUACACUGUUCUGUAGUCUAGUAAGUGUGCAAUAGACUGCAGGAACAAUGGACAUACCUUCAGUGAAAAAAGACUUACUGCUAAAAAAUGCUAACCAUCAGCUGAGCUUUCAGUAACUCAUAAUCACCACCAUUGGUCACCACAACAAAUAUAAUAAUGAAAAAGGUUGAAAUAUUGCAUGAAGUACAAAAUGUGACACAGACACAAAAUGAGCAAAUGCUUGGAAAAUUGGCACCAAUAUACUUGCUCGAUUCAGGGUUGCCCCAGACCUUCAAGUUGUUGGAAAAAAAACAAACAAACCCACAAUAUCUGUGAAGUGCAGUAAAUCAAAGCACAAUAAAAUGAGGUAUGCCUGUAUAUAUAACUUUGUAGUAAGAAAAUGUCAUCCCAUGUGUUACUGGUUUUUUUCAUGUUUUCUUGUAUCAUCCCUGAUACUUUUGCUUCAAUAUUGCAAAGAAAUCUAUGGUGACUUAGCCUAGGAGUUCGCAUUUAGUGAAGACCUCUUAAGAUGCUUUAAUUCUCUACUAACAUCGGUGUGACCAUUCUCCUUUGAGGAAUACUGUGCCCAGGUAUGUGCUCCUGCAGUGUAUUGUGGGAGUGUAUCCUUUCUUCACCCGACUGUACAUACUGUUCCAAAAGUCUGCUCUUUCACAUGCUCAGGGUAAGGAGAAUAGGACCAAAUGUGCUUCUACAGUGCCUACCACUGCGUUUUGUUUACAAUGAGAAUUUACAUGUUGUUCACGUCCUGACUCUCUAAGCUCAUAGGGAAUAUCUUUAGAAUACUAACAUCUAAACAGCCAUAAUAUUUACAUUAUGUCCACAUAAACAACAACAACAAAAAGCCAAUCAGGUGUGCCCUUGAAGUAAAUUAGCAAUUCUGAUUUGGGCAGAUUAUAGGCAUUGCUUUAUGUUGAUAUUAUAACAUUCUCCGUAAUCAAAUGACAGUAAAUGAUGUAGGAUCUUACCUGGAGAAUGUGUCACCAGAAGAACUUAGCUGGGAAUCAGAAGCUCUGGGUCUGUGACUGUCUGGGUCACAGACCUCGGUCUGUGUCCCUGUCACUCUCUGGGCGGCGUUUUCCUUAUCCAUACAAUGAAUGUAUUCACUUUGAUCUCAAAGACCUUUUUUGCAUCUUCAAUGCCAUUCAUCAUGGGGUAGACCAAAUCAGGUACCGUGGGAACUUAAAUCUAGCUAGAGAAAAAUCCCCUAGAGAAUUGGAUUAACAGCUGUGAUUGUUACUUUGUGGAUCUGGGGGAUUUAAAAUCUUUUUUUUUUUUUUUUUUUAGCUUUUUUAUUCAGUUGGUGAUAGCUCAGGCAGAAUGUGCUGAAUCAUUAACUUCCUUAGAUAUUUACAUUAUAGGUUUUAUGACCAAAAAUAUAUCCUAAGAUCCCUCCUAAAUAAUUAUUUUUAUUUUUGAACUAUCAGUGUUGUUUUAAACAAUCGUGUACUUGUUGAGUUCCCUGGCUUUUGAAAAAGAAUUACAGAUAAAGGUUGGAAUACUUUAUUUCCGAAAAGCAUAUGCAUAUAUGUCAUGUGUAUCUUUCUUCGUUGAUCAGAAAAAGGAUGAAAUAGGAUGUGACAAAACGCAAAAUGAAUUGAUAAUUUUUCUGUAUUUUGAGUUAAAGUUGCCUGUAAUUUGUGAAACAAGAAAUGUCAUAUAAUUCUAUGUCUGAUCUUUGGAAAAUAGAGUUGGGUAACCAUCACUUCUGUAAAUUUUAACAAAAUAAUUUUAGAAAGAAAUUGGAUGCUUUCAAAAGCUGUUGCAUUUAUAAAUUAUGCAGAAAAGAAAAAUACUAGCUUUUGCCUUUUGUGAAUGUUGGAGAAAUGUCUUUAAAAUAUUGUUUAUAUGUAAACUCAGAAUAUGCCAGAAGAAUUCCUGUCUGGAUGAAGUCAUCUUUCAUGUUUGAAAUUUUGCUUUUUGUACUGUUUGUCUGUAUGCUUGUUCUUCAGUGUUUCAGACCUGAAAUAAAUUUAUUUUUUUAAUGUUAA